CCACUCACACAACCACCACAACAGCAGCAACAACAACAAGCACCCGCACACGCACACGCACACACAUACGCACAGAGAUAUGCGCAUGUAGGGGCUGAUGGUGACGCGAGUGGGAAGGACGUGCGCAAUGCCGAGUAUGUGUUAACGUCUGUGGUGUGCACUAUUGCGGGCAAGCACGGCGGCAAUGUUGUGGCAUUGGUGUGGGUCGAUGGCGAGUACCACAACAGAGCCAACAACCCUCCUGUAAGUUAUAUAUGGUAG